UAUCUGUCAAGCGUUAACCAACCAAAACUCCCCUAAAAAAAGGAAAAAAAAAAUAGAGGUCCAUUUGAAUCUGUUUCUUUUUCCACACGCAGCCAACUACACACAAACACAAACACAAACACACACUCACACACACAACUCACAACUCACAACUCACAAACAAGCCUUGUUAUAAUCUCCUCUUCAAAGCAGAGUUCCUUCCAUUCCAUCUCAAUUUCCAAAAUCCCAAAUUAUAUAACACCAACUCAAUUUUCAUCACACACACACACACACACACACACACACACACACACACACACACGCAUACUCUGUAUAGCAUAAGAGGAGUAGUCUUUAUUUCUUUUUCUUUUGGCUCUGCUCUGCUUUGCUCUGUUCAAACAUCAAACUCCAAACCCUAGAGUCAAAGGGUUCUGGGCUUUCGCUUAAUUUUUCAGGGUUUUGGUUUUGGGAUGUUGGGUCUGGGUUCUUGCCCACUUCCCAGGAAUAUGCUUCUUCAAUUCAAACCAACACAAACAAUAUUGGCUGAGAAAUGAGUUAGUUUGUUCUUCUUCACAAAUUUAUAUACUAUAUAUAUAGGUGAUUAAUUUGGAUUGUUAAUUCAAGUUUUUCUUGACCAACUUCUUUUUUGUUAUCAAAUAUAUAUAGCGUACAGAGGAAGAGAUAUGAAUGAAUGAAAGAAAAGCCUAAUCUUUUAGUGUACAGGACAGUUUUGAAGAGUUGGGGUUUGGGGAAUUUUGAUUGAGAUUGCCACUGACUUGUUUUUAUUGGAAGUGACACUGGAUUGAUUUUUUAUUAUUUUAUUUUUAAAGAAAGAUUGUUAAGGAUUUUGUGGGGGAGGGGGGAAUCAAGAAGUUUUACCCGAACGACAAAUUAGGAUUCGUUUAAUUUUUUAUUUGAUCAUGAUUGAGUCAAGUAAUGGAUAGAAGUGAGCUUACUUUAGUGCCGGAAUGGUUGAAAAGCAGUGCAAGUGUCACUGCCGGGAGCAGUUCAAACCAUCAAUUUUCAUCAUCUUCAUUGAACUCAGAUGAUCAUCCCAUACCCAAGCAUGUGAGAAAUGGGUCGUCUGUGAGCAAUAGUGAUUAUGAUAUAGGUCGCCAAUUUGCUUCUGAUCAAGCAACUUCCUCCUAUUUCCCCCAGAGUUCUAGUAACGGUUCUGCCCACUCACGAUCUUACAGUAGUUUUGGCAGAAGCCAGCAUGAUUGGGAUUGGGAGGACACUAAUGACUACUGUGUUAAGAACAGGUUGGUUUUGGGUGACCACAGGUGGCGUGACAGUUCUGAUACUCUUGGUACCAUCUUGCCCAAUAGGGUUGAGAAGGAUAUGUUGCUGCAUUCACAGUCUAUGAUUACAGGGAAAUGCGGUGACACAUGGCCUAGGAAAGUAGCUGGUGACUCAAAUAAUGCUAAAAGAAAACACAGCGAUGCUAAUGGCCUACUUGGUGGUGGGGGUAGUGUUAGCAGUUCUACUAAAACUGCAUUUGAACAGGACUUUCCCUCACUCAUAGCUGAAGAGAGACAGGGUGGUUCUGAAAUAGGAAGAGUCUCAUCUUCUGGCUUGGACACUACAAUUCAGAAUUUGCCAAUUGGCAUUUCAUCUACAAUUGGUUGUGAUAGCUGGAAGUCUGCUCUAGUAGAGGUUCCUCAGAUAUUUGGAUGCAAUAGCACAGAUGCAGCAUUGUCACUGCAAACUCUUGCUGCAGGCUCAGCUUCUGUGUCUCCAAGCACAAGGACUUGCCUCAAUGUGGCUGAAACAUUGGCUAAUGGUCCUGAUCAUGCUCGCACACGUCCCCAAUUAUCUGUUAAAACUCAGAGGCUUGAUGAGCUGGCUAUGAAGCAAUCUAGGCAAUUAAUUCCCAUGACGUUUUCCAUGACAAAGCCCCUGGUGCCCAGUCCUUCUGAGAAAUCAAAACCCAAGAUUGGGCAACAGCAGCAUUCAUUCUCAUGUUCACACUUUGGUAAUAAUAGUCCACGUGGAGGGCCUGCAAAAUCUGAUGUUACAAAGUUAUCUGUGGGUAAUCUCCAUGUCCUUAGUCCGUUGAAUGGUUUCUCUUCAGCAGCUAAGGAUAGCUUGAGUCCUACUAAUGGAAGUAGACUAGCUAAUAGUCCACUUGGUGUUGCUCCAUCAGGUGCUGGGUCAUCCUUGAGGAAGUUAAGCAACAAUUUAAGUGCUGCCACUGCUGACUGCAGGCCAACUGCUUUUCAGACGACUAUAGAGAAGAAACCAUCAACUCAAGUCCAGAGCCGGAAUGAUUUCUUCAAAAGUCUUUCAAGGAAGAACUCUCCUACAAAAUUCCCUUCUGCUGUUUCUGAUCCUUGCCAAGCUGCCUUGUCAUCCGUUUCAGAGAAUGCUGAUAAAUUGGUCACAGAAGCUGCUGCUGCCAUGUCUAUAACUCUUCAGGAUACAGAAGAUGCCAUUUCAUCAGAUGACCCUGUUACAGACUCGUUGAAUGAAAGUAGGGAUGAGAUGAUCCGCAAUGGCAGUGCCUGUGAUGUGUUUCAGAAAUGUUUAAGCAAUAGAGAGCAACAUUCAAGCCCUGAUGUGACUCUUUAUCCAGAUGAGGAAGAAGCUGCGUUCUUACGAUCACUUGGGUGGGAGGAAAAUGCCGGAGAGGAUGAAGGCCUUACAGAGGAGGAGAUAAGUGCUUUCUACAUUGAGUACAUGAAAUUGCGGCCAUUAUCAAAACUUUUGCAUGGAAUGCAGCCAAAGAGUUCACUUGCACUCACCUCACAGGAUGGCAGCUGUGUUGGUGCUUCGUCUGAAUUGAGCUCGUCUGCUGCUUAGUCAUAAUCUGUGGCAAAAAUGUUUAAGCAAAAAUAGGAAGUCUGAAUGGUGGUUUACUUUUAUUUUCGUUUUUGUUUUGAUGGAUGUUGAGAAGUGAUUUUGGCUAAAUGGGGGUGUUGAAGAGGAGAAAGAUCAUGGGAUGUGUCUGCAAUUGCCGUUUGCUGAAGUUAUAUGGAAUAAACUGCAAAUGGCCCAUUCCUGAGGAAAAUUAGUAAUACUCUGCUUACUUUUAACUUUAGGAUUUUCUGAGUUUGAAGGUUGAUAGAAGAGGUAGGAAUAGGAUUUAUAUUGAUCUGCCAUGUAAGAAGCUGCUGAGGGAAAUAGUAUGAGAAAAGUGUGUUUUUCCUUUUAGUUAUUCGUUUGGGGCUCAAUUCCACAAAUAGAUUUUGAGUUCAUUAGACAUUUGAUUAAGAAAAAGAGGGGGAAAAAAAAAAAAUUAGUUCACUUUGGCUUUUCUUUGCCUUAAGCAUUUUAUUUGUUAUGUUAAAAAUUCAAUGUUUAUAUCUGAGGAAUAAUACCACUGUUCUUAUAUGGAGAGCAACACAAUUUUUAUUUUUUA